UAAUCAGAGAACGUAUGUGAAUAAACGUUUUCUGUCUAUGGAAUACGUUCUCUGUAAAUACGAACAAAUAAGCAAUCAGCUGAUUUGACGACACCACUUGAAUAUAUGAACAUUGAUUAAAAUAUUUAUUUAUUUAUAAUGCUAGUUAGAAAUUUUUCAAGAUGUUUUAUGUUUCGAAUCAUACGACGUCCAUUUGUCAUAUUUGCAACGGAACGAACAAGGAUACCAAAUCAUAACGAUAAUAUCUGUGUUGACAAAUUCUUACGGUCAGAAAUCUUACUUUCAGAAGAAAAUAAACAACGCGCAAUGCAAUGUAUGAAGAAAACGCAACAAAAUGGAUUGAAGAUGGGACAAACUACAAAAGAUAGGUCAUUCGCCGCUGUCCUCAUAUGUCUCUGCAAAGAUGAAAGGGGUGAAAUCUCUAUACUCUACACUCGGCGCUCUAGUCGACUAUCUCGGCAUGUUCGACAAAUCUCCUUUCCCGGGGGACUUAAGGAUUCUGAAGACAGUGAUUUUAUAGACUGUGCCUUGCGUGAAGCGGAGGAGGAAGUUGGUUUGACUCGAAAUCGAUUAAAUAUCUGGGGAUCAGGCACUCUUAUAACCCCUUCACAUACCGCUGCAAUCAUGCCUGUUGUGGCUGCGAUUCAUGACUUUAAUCUAAAAGAGUUAAAACUCAAUGCGGAUGAAGUUGAAGAGGCAUUUCUAAUAUCCGUCAGAGAGCUGGUGCAUCCCAAAACGUUAAAGCAUACACAAUUUAAGGGAGGGUGGAGUACUCCUAAUUUCGUUGUUGGACAUAAUAAAGUUUGGGGCAUUACAGGUUUCUUAACUAAUAUGUUUUUAAGAUGCCUUAUUCCCUUUGAGUUAAAGAGACUUAAACAUCAUGCUAAAUAUGUUCGUCCUUUUAAACACCACCAUUAAUUUUAAUUUCUUGUAUAUAUAUACAUACAGUUUUAUAAUCAAAAAUAUAUUUCUGUUAUAUUGUGAAAGUUUCAAAUGUUUCAAUGUGUAUAAACGAUGAAUAAAAAUAUGUGAAUCCACAUUAAAAAUUGAUAAAAUA